AUGUGGGACAAUCCCGUUCGCUCGAAACCUGCGACUAAAGACAGCCAGCAGCCUCUUGUAACUCAACAAAUGUUACAAUCCACACGUGCUAAGUUGGGUCGUGCACGACCGGUAGCCUCAUCAACACCUAAGCAACAACUCAGCGAACUAGAGAAAUGUCUCUUACAAGAAACAACAGUAACAUCUUUGUACAGGCGACGAGUAGCUCGUGGUACUUUCCGCAGUGCAGAGGAGCUGCGAUCACGGCCAUACCCUGCAGGGUUAUGUUCCCGGUCUCCUAUUUCUCCUAGAUCACCUCGUGCCAGUUCUCUGCCCCGAUCACAAGCUAUGUCGCCCCUAAAAUUUCCUAACGGAGCUAUGCCAACUAAUGAUAAUUUAGUGACUUAA